AGAAACCGCACCGUGCUGCUUGUAAGAGUGUCCUUCGUACCGACCACUGGGCGAAGGAGCGCCAGCCCACUAGAUAGUUAGCCUACUAGUCACAUCGCUCUGAGCUUGUCCAUCGAGCGACGAUGUAGAGGAAAGGCCGUGUCUCAGUUUGCACUCGACACGCUCAUGGGCUACCGGAUGAUGCAUGGACGCGUGAAACCGCUGAGAGCAUGCAGACAGGCAAGCCACGGACUAGUACGACCUCCAACCAGCGAUUGCUCCGCGUUGGCCGCGUCAUCUCUGACGUCCGUUCGCUUCAAGAAGAUUCGCGGCUCGAGGAGGAGGAUGCGUCGUCGGCGCGCUUGGUCACACAGUGGCAGGCGAACGACGCCAAAGUCAAAGACGAGAUGAUUGAGACGCUCAGCGUUCGCAUUGCACAGUGCACACGCAAGAACGAACAUCUCAAGCGGGCCAAGACCUCGUUUGACGAGGCUCUGAACGCCAUGGCGCGCGAGAAGGCCGACGUCGAAGAAGCAUUUGCCCGCGCCGUGGCGUCGGCAGCAGACGAAGCGGCGCGCCUGAAAAACGACCUCCACCGAAGUCAGUUGAGCGCCAACAUGGCGCAGGAUGCACUGCAGCAACUGAGAGUAGAGCUGCAGGAGCUCCAACGACACGCCGAGCGUGAUGCAAGCCUCGCGGCUCAGAGAGACGAGGUGGCGAUGCAGCAACAGCGCGCGCUGCAGUGCCAACUCGCCGCAGCAACAUCGCAGUGGGACUCGGAACGCUCGUCGCUCCUCGCGCAGCUGGAAGCGGUCCGGGCAGAGCUGAAUGAGCUGCAAGCCAAGGCGGCAAGCCAAGCCAACGUGGACGAACAGCUCGAGUUGGCGCGAACGGCCAACCAUCAGCUGCAACGCGAUCUCAUGGCGGCACGCGCCGACGAAGACAGUGCCCGCGAAGACUUACGUGCGAUGAGCGAGAAGAAGCUUGCGCUAGACGCAAAAGUCCAAGCCCUUCUCAAGAUGGUCCGUGACGAGCAUGCUCGGACGGCCGAGGUGUCGGCGACCGUGAAAGCGCAGGCCGAUCGUGUGACGCACUUGGCAUCGACGGAGGUGUCGCUUCAGAAAGAAUGCGCCGAGUGGAAAGCCAAGUACAAGCAGACGAAUGCGCACAUCAACAAGCUCACAAUCAAGUUGGCCCACGAAGAGAAAGCUAAAGUCGACGCCGUGGCUGCUCUGCAGGAGACAAAGACGGCUUUCGAGGCUGCCGAGCGGCGCUGCGUCGACCACCUCUUUCAGCUAAAGCAAGCCCAAGAGCAGUGCAAAUACCUCGCCAGCGUCAAGACAUCUGCUCCAUCAAAUCCCAUGACCGAUGCAGUCGCGAGCCACCCGGAGAGCGAUGCACCGAGCUGGAUGCGCGACUAAGAUCUUGUAUACGUGACAUGUUGAACGAGCUGUUCUUAGUGUA